GUUACUUCUCAAUUAAGGACCUCUCCGGUUGCCGUUGUUUUUUUUGUGUAACAAGGAAAAUGGCGUCAGCUGAUUCUCAGCCGCGGUUCGGCCAAUCUGUUAAAGGAUUAUUAUCCGACAAGGUGGGCUCCUGUAGCGGGGACGUGAUUGCGUUGACCCGCCAGGUGCUGAAAGGAUCCCGCAGCCAAGAGCUUCUUGGCCAAGCAGCAAGGAAUAUGGUGAUCCAAGAGGAUGCCAUUCUGCACUCUGAAGAUAGUCUGAGAAAAAUGUCCAUCAUAACAACUCAUCUACAAUACCAACAGGAGGCCAUCCAGAAGAAUGUGGAGCACUCAAAGAACCUGCAGGACCAGCUGACGCAUCUGCUGAAGUGAUGCAGGAUGACAACACGCCGCCGUCACAGGGGUUAAUGUAAUGGUGCUCCCAGAGGCCCCCUGCUGGCCUGUGUGAUCAUCACCUCAGCUUUUGCUGCUGCAGUGCAGACAGUGGGCACUAUAACUGGCUCUUCGGUUGCUUAUGUGUCACAUUCAUGUUUGAUCAGUUGGCUUUUUGGCAGGUUUUGGAUGAAUUGCACAGCUGGACUGGUUACAUGUGUUUGGUGUGUUUGAUAUUUUUAAAUGAAAGAAGUCAAGUGUUUUUGUGGAGCUUCAUUCAGUGGAUGAGAAGGACAGGAUUAGUCACUUCAGAUGGUAUAGAAAGCAGUUCUUCAGGAUGCCACUGGAGUCUGGACACAGAUUUUGAUUCAGUUCAGUUUAUUUAUGCAGCGCUAGUUUACAACACAUUAUCUGGAGGCACGUUAUAUAAAAUGUAAUUUUGAUCCUAGUCAAAUCCUGUCAAAUAGUGCAACGAGUUCAGUCCCUUAUCGGACUAGUUUAAACCCAGCAGCAGGUUGGAUGGAGUCAUUGACUUGCAGCACUCACUCCUCCCCCGUCUACUGGGGGGAGCACACACUGUCAUUGACUUUUACAACAUGCAUGUAGCGACAGUGGAGAGAAAAAAAAACCCUUUUUAACAGGAAUAAACCUUCAGAGGAACCUGGCUCACUAUGAGACACCAUUUCCCACAACGACUGGUGGUUUGAGAAGACAGAGCAGAGACACAAAACAGAAAUGACUCAUUUACUUUGAUGAAAAGUAAAAAGAGUCUGAUUAGCUGAUGGUCGUUUUAUUUCAACUCUAUGUCCUCCUCCAGGAAGGAAUCACAGCCGCAGAGAAUGCCAAACCACAUGUAGCCGGUUUGGCCACAUCAGUUAAAAUAACAGCAAAUAAUGCAAAUUGGAGCGUUUA